GGGUGGGUUCGAGCUGGAGUCGGAUUGCACGGGAUCGAUGCUGGAAAGAGCGUGUGGGCUGAGCUUGCACAGGCAGCAGGGAGGGAAGAUGCAAGGCAAGUGACCAGGCCCGGGAAAUGGCGUUUCAAGGGGCAGAGUCGGCAGAGUAGAUCAAUAUGAGGACAGGGCGAGAACACGCAGGCUUCGAGGGCGGGGUUUUGCAGCCAAGAGGCGGUUGCGGCGCGGCCUGGUGGCGGGAGCCGACGUCAGCGACAGGAACAGCGAUGGCUGGAGACGCGAGGCCUUGGCAGGAUGGGCUGCCGAUUACGGCAGCGAUCGCUGAUUGACUGUGUGAUGGGCAGGGCUUGAGUGAGAGGGCAACCCGAACAUGCAUGCUUGUGCAUGUUGUGAUAUGCUGUGGGUGGUGGUGGGUGUUGUGCGAUGUGCAGCCGCCCGCGCUGUCGUUGGUAUACCGAGUGAGUAUCAUCUUGGGCGGGAGUAUCGCCGGUCGUUCGGCCGCGGUGGAUCAGGAUGCCCCUGGUCGAUUUCAAAUGACAGCAACAAGCUUGGCACCGAUGGCAUCCUUGGAUUUGUCCAAUCGACAUGGCGGUCUGAGCUACGAAUCUGCGAGUCUGCGAUCAACGUCACAGCCUGAGCAAGUGAGCGAAUUGCUGGCGCCGCCCAUGCCAACAACGGCAGUAACGAUAGCGUCAACAACGGCGGUAAAGAUAGCGUCAACGAUACCGAUGAUGCCGAUGCUGGUGCUGAUGAAUUGGACAUGCCUGAUGGACCUGCGGGCUGCGCUGCAAAACCACACGCGCAGCCAAGGGUCGAUCCUUGUCGUGGGUGCAGUGGGGACAGACCGGUGGCGCUGGCAGAACCAGCACUCGGCAGAAUGAGAGCCCCAUCCGGCCCAACGGUGAACCACGGCUCGAUCGGGGCUG